AUGAGAACUCCACCACCAAGAUAUGCUCAUUCCCAAGUGGAACUUAAACUUUCUUGUAUCGAUUUGCCAGAUUUAGAUUAUCUUUCCAAAAGUGAUCCACAGAUUAUUUUAUUGAUUAAAGACAUUCGUACUCAAAAGUGGAAACCAACUAACCAACAAACCGAAGUUGUUAUGAACAAUUUAAAUCCAAAGUUCGUAACAAGCUUUAUCCUUGAUUAUUUAUUUGAAGAAUUACAACAGCUUAGAUUUAUUUGUGUAGACGUUGAUAAACCAAAUAAUCCUAAAUGGCAAGAACAAGAGUUUAUAGGUCAAUUUGAUUGUGACCUUGGUUCUUUAGUUGGUUGUCAAGGUGGUAAGAUGAAAGGAAAAUUAUAUGAUCCGAAACAUCAAGGAAAAGAUCGAGGAUAUAUAGUCAUAUCAACCGAAGAAGUAAGCAAGUCAAAAAGAGACGCAAGAUUACAGUUUCAAGCUCAUAACAUAUUUUCAAAGAGCGGUUUGUUUAAAUCGAAACCUGAGGUAUUUUUAAUUGUCAGUAGAGCAAGCGAAGAUGACACAUUUUCACCAGUUUACAAAUCUGCUGGAAUUUCUUCAGCGAACCCGAUUUGGGACGAAUUUACCAUCAAGGAAGCGACUUUAUGUAAUGGAGAUUUGGAUCGAUCAUUACAAUUACAAGUAAGACAAGAAAAGAAGAAUGGAUCUUAUCUAAUUCUUGGGCAAUGUACUGUCACCCUUAAUGAAAUUUUAUCGGGUAAAAAGUCAUUUGCAUUACGUUUACCUCCAGGUGUAAAUGGGAAAGUUGGAAAAGAUACAAUUAUAACAGUUCCUCACGCAUCAAUCGAAGAACCUCCAACAUUUUUAGAUUACAUUGCCGGCGGUACAGAGAUAAAUCUUGUAGCCGCAAUUGAUUUUACGGGAUCUAAUGGAGAUCCUCGAACGCCGAAAAGUUUGCAUUAUAUCAAUGGACGAAGGGAAAAUGAUUAUCAGAGAGCGAUUCGUAGCGUUGGGAAGAUAUUGGAAGGAUAUGAUUAUGACAGAAUGUUUCCAGUAUAUGGAUUUGGUGCAAAAUUCAAUGGUGUGUUAUCACAUGCUCACCCACUAAAUAAUAAUUUCAGUAAUGCUAUACAUAGUGUUGAAUUAUACGGCCCAACUAAUUUUUCACCCAUCAUAAAUCAAACAGCAGAGAGAAUUAAAGUGGAAGUUAAUGCCGGAAAUGACAAUGUUUAUUAUAUACUGUUAAUCAUAACAGACGGUGUAAUAACAGAUAUGGAUUCUACAAUCAGAUCGAUCGUGAGUGCUAGCGUACUUCCGUUGUCAAUUGUUAUAGUUGGAGUUGGCAAUGCCGAUUUUACCAAUAUGAAUAUACUUGAUGCCGACGAUAGACCAUUAGUGCAAAAGUCGGAUUAUCAGACGAGAAGGGCAGAGAUAGUAAUGGAUAGAGAUAUUGUACAAUUCGUAGCGAUGAGAGAUUUUCAAACAGAAACAGCACAAUACCAACUACCAAAAGCUGUAUUAGAAGAAAUUCCCGAUCAAUUUAUGGGUUAUAUGAAGAAACAUAACAUACAACCCAGAGACCCUAUUAGAAGAAGAACCAUUGAAUUAGAGGUUGAUGUUCGAUUUGUUGGAAGUCCCGAUGAACCGCCACCAGCUUAUACUUCAUAA